GUCCAUUAACAGAGUUCAAUUGUAAGUGAGCAGAGACAGUCCUCAGCAUGUCAGGUCUAGAUAACAUGGAGCUGUCCCCCCCUCCCUCAUGUAUAAAGGCAGAAUAUGAGACACUUUUCACCACAGACUCCCUCCUCUUCCUCCAUGAGCUGAUCUCCACAUUUGAUGAGGAAGUUGAUCAGGUUUUAAAUCUACGAGUAUCGAGAAAGGCCCAUUUGGACCUGUCAGGUGAUCUGCCAAGCUUUCUGGAGAGUAGCUCACAUAUCAGGAGGGACCCAGCCUGGAGAGUGCUCCCCGUCCCCCCAAGGCUCCAGAGGAGACACGUGGACAUCGGCGACCUGGCUCCUUGUGAUACGCAGCGCUUCAUUCAAGCUCUGCAGUCACCUGCACAAGGCAUACAGGUGGACUUUGAUGAUGGGAACUGCCCUACAUAUUAUAACCAGAUCAAAGGACUUCAUAAUGUUUUUAAGGUGGUUCAUAACCAGUUCCCCAAUGCUCCACACAUAAGUCAAGCUCCUGUGCUGAUGCUCCGUCCCCGAGCCUGGAAUAUGGUGGAGCACAACAUGAUGGUAGGGGGGAAGGAGGCUCCUGGUCCUCUCUUUGACUUUGGACUCCUCAUGUUCCACUGUGGAGACACACUCUUCAAAAACAAGAGUGGACCCUUUUUCUACCUCUCAAAAGUGGAGAGUUUCAUGGAGGCCAGACUGUGGAACAAGAUAUUUAUGUGGACUGAACAGAAGUUGGGCCUUCCCCUGGGCAGCAUCAAGGCCACGGUCCUCAUUGAAAAUGUUUUAGCAGCAUUUGAGAUGGAGGAGAUCCUCUAUGAGCUGCGGGAGCAUUCAGCGGGACUCAACUGUGGCAUCUGGGAUUACUCAGCCUCCUUCAUUAAUAAGUUUGGUCUGAGACAGGCCUUCCUGCUGCCGGACCGCAGUAAAUAUGUGAACAUGGAGAAGCGUUUCCUGCGCAGCUACAUGCAGCUGCUGGUGCAGACAUGUCAUCGGAGGGGAGCGCUGGCCACAGGAGGCAUGGCCGCCCCGCUGCUGCCUGAGGACAGGGACGCCCAGAGGACAGUGAUGGCCGCCGUCAGCAGACUGAAGCUGAUGGAGAUCCAGGCAGGUGUGGAUGGAUUCAUGGUGUACGAUCUAGGCUUGAUUGAGCCCAUGCAGAAACUCUUCCAGCUCCACACUGAAGGUGAUAACCAGCUCCACAAGCUUCUGGAAGAUGUGGCGGUGACCCCUGAGGACCUCCUGUCCAUGCCUUCGGGAGGAGUCACUCUUUAUGGACUGAAGUAUAACAUUGCAGUCGGGGUCCUCUUUAUUAAUGCUUGGCUGUCAGGGAAAGGACACUUCUUCUACAGAGGCCAGGUGGAGGAUUCAGCCACAGCAGAGAUCUCUAGAUCACAGGUGUGGCAGUGGAUCCGUCACAAGACUGAGCUAGAGGAUGACAGCAGGGUGGUGAGCAGACGGCUGGUGACUGACCUCUGUAAGGAGCUGCUGAUGGAGCUGCUGAUGGAGCUGGGGACAGGCCAUCACUCUGACAGGGAUAAACAGAGGUUACUCACAGCUGCUGACAUGUUCCUGGAGGUUGUCCUCAAGAGAGAUUUCCCAGAGUUCAUCACCACCUACUUGAAUCAGGACCACACCUUUCUCAGCUCCCAGAACACUGGACAGGCGGAGGCUCCAGGUGGAGAGAUACCCCGACCCAAACUAUGAGGGUCCAGCUGCAGAUUGCUUCCUGUUCUCUGCUCAGUGCUUUCUGAGGAGAUCCAUUAGUUCUUGUUUGAGCUAUAGAAUGUAUCAACUAGUUAGAUAAAAUAAGAUAACUUGGUAAUGAAAACAAUGUUUAGUUGCAGCCAUGUAUUAACUGCUCAGAAUAUGCAUAGUUGUUCAUGACUUUAUGUCCAGUAGAUAGAUAGAUAGAUAGAUAGAGUUGUUCCGAUUCCGAUAUCAAAUCGGCGAAUACUGAGUCCAGGCACAGUUUAACAGUUAGCUCCGUUAGCUCCGUUAGCGCGGCUACAGUCGAACUGGAGCGGUCUGUUUAUUAAACGAAAAGAGCAGCGCUACAAAUAACCAGCGUACCUGUGUACUGCGUAUGUGUGUCUCUGUUGUUAAAGUUCAGCAUUACUUUCGAGACUCAUUUUAACAAUCGGGAGUCACGUAAACAUGAUGUCACGCGCGUCUUUUUCCGGUCAGUCGUCAUGGAAACAUGAAGCUCUCAGCUCUGUCAGUGUGCAGCGUUUGGACCAGAGUGAAAACAAACGUGUGUACAAUAGGGAUGUGCAUUUCUGGCAAAAAUACUAUUCUAUAUUCGCUGACAAGUAUUUGGAUAUUAUUCGAUAGUCGGUCCAUUUUUUUCCGGUCAAUCCCCCCCCCCCCCAAUUCACUCACGAACACAUAAACCUCGCAUAGCCUACAUGCACACACAAUGACGCAGGAAGAGGCUUUUAUCAUUUGUAUGAAAUAAAUCCGUUUAAUUCAUCAACUGUGCCGCAACAUCAAAUUAUUAACUUGGGUUUAGGCUAUAAAAUAUGCCGAAAACAGAUCGCCAUUUCUUUUUUUUCUGAGCGUAGCCUGCAUGACGGGGAACUAGACACGUCUUUAGCAUGUGAGUAGGCCUAUCGGAGACUGGUCAUAACAUUUUCAGAUCUUCAAAUCUUGGACAAAACUGUUAAUUCCAUAUAGUUGCCUCAAGGCAGCGUUAAUGAUUUUAGGCUACAGGCAUGACGGUAGGCUUAAUACAACAUAAACUUGACGUCCAAUUAUUCUUCCCAAAAAAUAGUUUUCUGUCAAAUACAGGGAUUUCCACUUGUAUAUUUAUUAUUAAAAGAGAAAGGCCCAGAUGACCUCAAGUCUCACGGCAGAUACUAUAAUAAUCCCGUUCGAUACAAUACACAAAGCUUGUUGCUAACUGGGAGGGACUCAAAGAAAGUAUACAGGACGAACAACUCUAGCGCUAAGUACUAAAACAAAAGGACGCGUCACCUAGUACUGCUCAAUGUAAUACUGCGGCUGUUACAGGUGGAGAUAACAACAGUCGCAUUCAUUAUUCGAUAUUCUACGUGACUUCGACUAUUCGGCGAUUCGACGAUCGUUGCCCAUCCCUAGUGUAAAAGCUGAAAAAUGAAAGGACAUAUGUGCUGUAUACGUCUGACUAUCAAACUAGACAAUAAAAGAAAGUUAAAUGUU